AUGCCGAUGCCUCAGUAUGGCAACCAGCACCCCGUCCCCGAGACGCCAAUGGAAUCCUACGGACGCCGCCGCCGCCUCAUCCGCGCCGGCGUCCGCAGCAUCUUCAUCAUCAUGUUAAUCCUGCUCGUUCUAAUCCUCGCGACGUGGCUAAUCUUCCGGCCCACAAAGCCCUACUUCACCCUUCAAGGCGGCGUCGUUUCCACUUUGAAGACCUUCGAAACCACUUCCGUCCUCACGGCCGCCAUGCAGGUCACUGUUUCCGCGCGGAACCCGAACAAAUUCGCCGGCGUUUACUACGAACAACUCUCUGCUUACGUGACGUACCGCGAUACGGAAAUUACGCCACGUACACGGCUGCCUGCGGCGUACGAAGGUGGCUACGAAACGAAGGUGUGGUCGCCGGCUCUGGGCGGCGAUAGAGUGCCGGUAGGUCGCGACAUGGCUAGGUAUUUGAAUGAAGAUCAGACGGCUGGGAAGGUUCCGGUGAAAAUCAAGGUGGAUGGACGGUUGAAAUGGAAGAUGGGUGUAUGGGUGACUGGAAAGCAUGGCAUGCAAGCCGACUGCCCUGCUUUCAUGACUUUUGACCGAAGUAACAAUUCCAGCCCAGUCAUAAAGUUUACACCGGAGCUCCAAAGUUGUAUGGUGGAUGCUUAG